AUGCGUCUACGAUCUCAGCGGAUUUGCGCUAGAACAUCAGAAAAUCCCGGUGGUGUCUCAGUACUCUUGGACUACGCCGGACGAGACGCAACCGCUGCUUACUCCGAGGUCCACUCACCAUCGUUGAUCAAGAUCUCGUUGCCAGCAUCAUCUCGCAUUGGCGUUCUAGACCAAACUACCAUUACGGAUAAAUGGGCUAAACCACCAGCUGCUCAUUCCCGUUACCCGAGGUUAUGGAUGCGGCAGCACGCUCCUGGGCUACCAAUCGCACUGAAAGGGAUCCAGACAGCGGCGGAUGCAAUGAAGGCUAUGGAAGCAGGUGUUGAUGCUAUAUAUAUCUCUAACCAUGGUGAACGGAGCCUAGAUACAUCUCCUACUACGAUACUGAUGCUGCUUGAGAUCCAGAAGUGUUACCCACAGGUAUUUGAUAAGAUGGAAGUAUAUGUCGAUGAUGGCAUCACUAGGGGAACAGAUAUCUUCAAGGCUCUGUGUCUAGGUGCCAAGGCUGUUGGAAUUGGGCGGGGGUUUCUAUUCUCGCUGAAUUAUGGGAAGCAGGUUCUUGUCGAUGAGCUGGUGACGACUAUACAGAUGUGCGGUAUCACUAGUCUCGACCAAGUCCAUCCCGGGCUACUACAUACAGGAGCUGUUGACCACCUUGUUCCUGGGUCUGAAGAGCAUCCGUAUGCUAGGUGGAAGCCAAAGUAA